ACAACGCGACCGACACACGCCAACAUACGAUACUACGUGCGUUCUGGCCGGAAGGUGUACAUCCAGCUAGCUAGCGCAGAUGACUCGCCGUUGCCCAUGGAAGAAGCGGUCUACCCCGCCGGCCGUCGUUCCGGCGCCGCAAGAAGAGACGGCAGCACGCAGGCCGGCGUCCUUCAUCCGAGUUGAGCAUGAGUUCCACAUCGUGGGCCACAACACGCGCGCAGCGCUGGCCUACAGCGCCCACUAUUCCGUCCUCUCCGGCGCCUUCGAGGUCGGCGGCCACACCUGGGCCCUCGACUGCAGCUUCGACGGCGACGGGCACCUCACGUCCAUCACCCUCGUACUGCUCACCGCCUACAUCACCGAGGACGCCGUCGUUGCCAAGGCCAGCCUGAGGAUCGAGGACCCGCUUGGCUGCUGGCCCGCCGCCGUGUGGGAGAGCGACCAAGCCUACACCUUCCACGUCUGGUCCGGCAAUAGUUGGUCGCUGUCCCAGGCCGGCAGGAGGUGGACCUUGCCGGUGCCGGAGGCAUUUCGCGGCCAUGAUAGCCGCUACUUGCAAGACGACCGCCUCACCAUCCUAUGCACCGUCGAGGUCCUCCGGCAGGAGGAGGACUCUGCUAUCGCCGACGAUAUGCAAAAGCUUAUGUUUCUCUCGUCGGAGCCGAAGAGUAUAACACCUGCAUGCAUGCUGCCGGACGUGACGUUUGUCGUGGAGCAGACCGAGAUCCAGGCGCACAGGCUCAUCCUAGCCAUGCGGUCACCGGUGUUCGCAGCCGAGCUCCUUGGUGACAUGAGAGAGGGUACCACCCGUCGCGUCAUGGUCGAUGACAUGAGCGCCUCAACCUUCAGGGCCAUGCUCCGCUUCAUCUACACCGACGAGCUGCCCAUCAAAGGAAAGACAACUAACGAACGUGGUUGCAAACAAAAACGUGCCGCAAGGCGUCGUGUGGACAUGGCGCUUGAUCUGCUCGUUGCGGCGGAUCGCUACGACCUAGAGAAGCUGGGGCUCAUGUGCGAGAAGAUAUUGUCCGAAAGCAUCGACACCGCGUCUGUCAUCCCAACGUUGAUGGGGGUGCACGGCCGACAUAGUUGCCGUCAGCUAGAGACCUCUUGCAUUGAGUACUUGGCGUCUGAUGCCAACGUGUACGCCAAUGUCAAGGCGACAGAGGAGUACAAGGAGCUAAAGGAAAGCUGUUGUUCUUUCCUAGCAGGUGUCACAGACAAAGUAGCCACUUGUAAAUUAGUGGACAGCCACGCAGACACCAGCCUCUGCCGGCCGGAGAAACGGACUAUGUCGACGUACAACACGUCGGAGGUGGCUCACAGUAUACACGAGUUGAGGAUCCCAAACUUUAAGAGCCUGCAUACGAGCCAUGGUGUUAAACAAAGAUUCAGUUCUGACACUUUCCAGAUAGGAGGCCAUGACUGGAAGUUGGAGGUAUCAGUGAAGGAAGGGAGAAUUUCCGUGUUCACCGAAUUGUUGACAGAUCCAGGAACGGCUAGUGUUAGGGUGUCCUUAUGUUUCAUGAUGGAUGACCCUGGUGGCAACUCGCCCCUCAUCAUGUGGCAAGCUGAAGAAACCUUCAACUCAGAAGGUGAUUCUUGUGGGUUUUCGUGUUCGAUCAGCCAGGAAGAUGAUGUGUCAGUAUACGCUGAUGAUGGCUCUCUAACCAUUCGCUGCGACUUUGUAUUGACCAACAAGUUGUGCACUGUUACGAGUGCCACUUCAGCCGGUGUCGAAGACAUGACUCUUGCGCCACCACCCAACAUUGUGUCUCAUCUUGAGCAGCUCCUGGUGAGCGAGAAGGGCUCAGAUGUGACGUUCCUAGUCGAAAACAGAGAGAUUCACGCACACAGCCUCGUCAUCGCCACACGGUCCCCGGCCCUAUACACGAUGGUUCUGGCCACCAACCAGGAGGAGGAGCACAUCGUACCAGUCUGGGGUAUGAGGGUUGAAGUCUUCAAGGCGGUGCUUCGCUUCAUCUACGCCGACGAGCUGCCUCCCUUGGAAGAAAUAGCCCUUGCUACGGGGCAUGGUGUGACAACUAUUGCCCAAGACAUGUUGGUUGCCGCGUCUCGCUUCCAUCUGGACAGGAUGAAGGACAAGUGCGAGACCUUGGUUGGUGAGUGCGUGUCAGAACGGAACGUGGUGACCAUGCUCGGACUAGCGUGCCGUCACAACUGCAAGAAGCUCGAGGAUUACUGCAUGAAGUUCAACUGAUCUCCACGCGUUGGCUAGCUAAUUAAGAGACGAGGGCGGUGGCGACAACCCGAAGCAUGCACCAGCUAAAUUUUAGUUACGUAACUGGUCAACUGUUUUUGGUUGCUAAAUGGAUUUAUUUUUGGGGUGUUUUUGAGGGGAAAAAAAAAACACCCAGUCAGCUAGAGCAAAACAGCACGUACAACACCCAGUCAGCUAGAGCGCAGAACCAAAUUGAUGUUGCCCACAUGCUGCUUGCUAGACAGUAAGGCGUAUAAGUCUGUGUGCUAUAUACAGAUUUAUUUCAUAAGUUUAUUACGGUUUUCGUACACAUGAAAAAAUUGUUUUCGCAUCGCAGACCCAAUAGGGUGCAGGGUGGCUCCACCCUAAGAGUUUGACCCAGCCCAUAUGGGUGUGAAGAAAAAUAAGUAAAAAAAACCCAGCCCAACUACCUAUUGUCCCACCCUAAAAAAUUGGGUUAGAUCCGCGACUCCAGAUCUCAUAUUGGUAUAGCCCUCUGCCAGUUCUUCGGCUGGUUCAUACAGUACUCUAGUAUCAAGUGGUGGGCCUUUUUGCCCUCGAAAAAUGG